CAUUAAUUUGCGUUUAAUGGUGGUUUUCUACAUAUCUAGUCUCUUUUGCCCGUAGGCGGCAACCGGAAGGCUUACCAUUAAUGCUGUCGAAUGUCGGCCGUACUGUGAACUCAAGCGUUUAUCAAUUGGUCCGUAUUAAAUUUCGCUCUUUCGCCCUAUUACCAUAAAUUUGCACACUGUUUACUGACCACUCAGCUCAAAUAUGCUCACAUAUUUCUUUGCUACAAUUCUCAUUUCAAUAUUUUGAUCAACUCUACGAAUCACGCAGCGCCUUUUGCCCUCACAGUGCGGUGACCUCUGGCUGACCACGGCGCCCGGUCAAGGCCGGCGGGGAUGGUGACGUCACCAGGGGGCGGGCCCUCGCUGCCCCGGCUGCUGCUGCUGAAUAUGGCGGCGUGCGGCGGCGAGCUGGGGUUCGCCUCUGUUACCACCAUCGCGCCCACGCUGCUGAGACGCAGCAACUUCAGUGAGACGGCCAUGAGCCUCACCAUGGGCAUCGGUCCGCUGCUGGCGCUGCUGGCCAUGCCGACGCUGGGCCGCUGGUCGGACCGCUGCAGCAGCCGGAUGGGCCGCCGGAAGCCGUUCCUGCUGGGCUACAGCGCGCUGCUGCUGCUGGGCAUAAGCUGUCUGACGGGCGCCGCCGAGCUGUCGGCUGCCACGGCCGGCCUCCUCUCGGCGGAGACGAUCCUGCUGCUCAGUGUGGUGCUGUGCACGUUCACCGCCCAGGUGUACUUCAACCCGUACCAGGCGCUCAUCUCCGACAUCUGCCGAUCGGAGGAGGCCAACAGCCGCGGCUUCUCCGUGUUCGUCAUGCUCGUCAACAUGGGCUCCAUCGGCAGCAGCCUGCUCUUCUCAUGGAACUGGUUCUCAGACACGGUGUUAACAUCCCAGCACAUCACCUUCAAGGUGAUAGCCGUGUUCAUCACGCUGCAGACGGCAGUGACGCUCAUCAGCGUUCGCGAGCCGCCGCUACUGCCGCCGCCGCUCGCGCCGCCGACCGCCAGCGACACCGCCAGCACCAACAGUGAUGACGUCGGAUACGCCAGCGACUCAGAGCAGGGCUCGCCUCUGAUCCGGGUGCGGGGCCGCCGGUUAGCGGUGCUGCGUCACGGGGGUGCCGGCAUUGGGGGCACCAUCAGCAGCGGUCUGGACGGCCGGCGGAUACUGCGUCGACUGCUAAUCACCCCGCUCCAGACCACGGCGCGGCUCGUAGGCCAGAUCCUGCUGUGGCCCUAUCAGAUCUUCCGGGAGGUUUACGACGCGCCGAUGGUUUUACGCCGACUCUUUAUUGUUGAUGUGCUCUCGUGGACUGCGCUCAUGUCCUUCUACAUGUUCUUGGCCGAUUACAUGGGACAGGCGUUCGGGGGUCGAGCAGAGGACCCAGAGGGCUCUGAAGGUCGGGCCAAGUUUGACGCGGGUAUCCGAAUAGGCUCCCGAGGACUUCUCAUAGACGCUGUCGCCGGUAGUCUGUUCAGCCUGUUCUGCGCACCGUUGCUGACGCAGCGCCUGGGCCGGCGCGGCACCUACGUCCUGUGUCUGUCGCUGUUCAGCGUAUCCAUGAUGAUGUUACCGCUGACAUCGUCAGUGCCCGUGAUAUACCUGUUGUGCACGGUGAUGGGCUGCGGGUACGCCAUCCUGGGCACGAUACCCAACAGCUUGGUAACCCUCUACCACUAUCAGCCCAAGAUUUUCUUCGCGGACAAGCCGUCGAGCGAGUCGGCCGGUCUGGGUGAGAAUUUCGCCAUCCUGGACAUGUCUUACUGCCUGGCGUCGAUCCUGCCGUCGCUGACGCUGGGGUACCUGGUCGACACGUUCGGCAUGCCGCAGCUGUAUCUUCUGCUGGGAGGCCUGCUGGGAGUCGUGUCCGCUGCGCUGGCCACCACGCUGAUCUACAGGGCUGAGGACAUGCCGUCCGCGGUAAAACCUCCUUCUCCUCCGCCGGAGAUGACGGCGACACCGCUGGAGCUCGUGAGCUCGCCUCCGCCGGCUCCGUCGAUACGAACCUCCGAGGCGCUGGUGUAGCGACUCCUGCCGUCAAAAUCGGCAGGGCAGACUGUGAUCUGACGCGUCCCUAAUCUGUGAUCGCAGAACCGUAUAGCCAUCACGUGCCUACGGGGUACCGGCGACCGCAGCGCCGUGCCUCACUGUAGAACUAGCGCCGCGAACAACAAAUGUCUGUCGUAACAUUAGCAGUGUAUUCUCGUGGGGGGGGGGGGGGGGGGGGGUGGAGAGGGACUGGUAAAGAUUGAUAUAAAUCUUUAAGGUUUAUCACCGUUUUACAUACUGUUUGUAGGAAUGGUUUUGUGGAAAAUGACAAUAAGGCGUGUUUUUAAUGACUCUAUCCUAUUUUAUCACGUUUUUACUGUACAAGGCUGACAGGGUGAGGCCUAUUCAGUUUUGUUUUGAAGUUAGCGCAGGUUGAUCUAAAUGAUAAAAAACGGUGAUUGACGAUGCAUUUUGGGUUAAGCAAGCAAACUUGCAAGAUUUUAUUGUGAUGUGCCACGAAAUAAUGAUUUGGUUCUACUGACUAGUGAGUAGGUAUCAAUGCGACUGCACCGGCAUCAUCCGAAUGUACGGACAAAUUUUCUUUAGAUAAAAAGCUCCGACAGUGUUAGCAUUUAAACGAAACGACGUAGCCUG